ACAUGAAAAUAAAUGAAAAGAAGCGGCUAACCGAACGAGAAAAGCUAGAAAGACGUGAACGUAAACGGCAUCUACGGCAGGACCGUUUCCUGGAACGUGUACAGCAAGAAUUCAAAGCAGUAGAAAAGGAGAAAGCAUGCACGGCCACGGUAGAAGUGGCCCCUGUGAGCGAAGCGGAACAGGUGUCGACAGUCAGCAUUGCGGUACCGGGCUCGAUCAUGGAUAAUGCUCAAUCGCCCGAGCUGCGAACAUAUCUUGCCGGACAGAUAGCACGUGCUGCUUGCAUAUUUCAGAUCGACGAGGUGAUCGUGUUCGACGAUUGUGGCCCAAGCAACCAGGUUACGGACCGCUUGGGUACGAUCCAAACGACGGAAGGAGCAACGUCGGCCCGUCGCUGUUGCAUACAGCUCGCUCGCAUCCUUCAGUACCUGGAAUGUCCGCAGUAUCUGCGAAAGUACUUCUUCCCGCUGCACAACGACCUCAAGUUUAGCGGUUUGCUAAAUCCGCUUGAUUCCCAGCACCAUCUGCGGCAGCAGAGUGAGUUCGUGUUCAGGGAGGGCAUCGUUACGAGCAAACCGAUGAAAAAUAAUAAGGUCGGUGCGUUCGUGAACGUUGGACUUUUAAACGAUGUGCUAGUAUGUACAGCACUCGACCCGAAUCUACGCGUUACGGUAAAAAUGCCAACGGGUGCGGAUUUAAAAUCGAAAAAAAUACGUGCAAAGGUGGUUCCUCCUUCGCAGCCGCGUCAAGAAACAGGUAUUUACUGGGGCUACUCGGUACGUAUCGCUAACUCGCUGUCGCAGGUAUUCACCAAGUGUCCGUACCGUGGUGGGUACGAUAUGACUAUCGGCACCUCGGACAGAGGUAAGAACGUUAAUGAGGUAGAACCAGGCAGCCUUUCCUACCAGCAUGCACUGAUCGUGUUUGGAGGCGUUCUUGGUCUGGAACCGGCACUUGAAAACGAUCAGAAGCUUACGGUUGAUACGGUCGAGGAUCUGUUCGAGCAGUAUCUGAACACGGUCCCCGCGCAGGGUUCGCGUACGAUACGCACCGAAGAAGCAAUUCUAAUUUCGAUGGCAGCACUGGGCAGCAAGCUGAAGCCCGUUAAUGCUCCAAAACUAUUCACCAGCUUUGAGGCCAUUCCACAGAGUCAGGACACUGGCAUCCAACAGUACGCGUUCAACGCAAAACGCUCCAAGAUCGAUGUUACGGCUGCACCGACGAACGGGAAAUUAGCUACCAUCUCAAGACCCAGGCCACCACCACCACCGCCCGAGGAUAAGUUCGGAGAUAUGUCACGGUUUGAUUAA